AUGCGAGUGACGGACCAAGCUGCGUUGUGGUGUGUGGUCACGGCGCCGUUGUGGCUCGCCGCGUCGGCAUCGUUGACGAGCGGUGACGCGGAGGCGGCAGCGGUCGUGGCCCCGGCGGCGGUCGCGGCGACUGAGAGGCGACCGUUGAUCGACACGCGCAGUCACGACAACGGCGUCGAGCGGGUCGGCGUGGGCAGGCGUAGCAUCCACCAUGGCACUCGAUCGACCUCGCAUCGCCAAAAAAGACUCGUCAAACAGCACAAGCUGCUCGUCACUCGUCAAAGCAUAGCGUGAGUUCCCACCCGCCUCCUUCGCAGACCCGGGCCUGCGAUUUGGGGCGCUUGCGGCGCAGCGCAGCAGCGUUCGCUAAGCGCGGUUCACUGAUGACGCGCAUUGCCCCUGUCCCACGCAUGUCCGCUUCAUUUCUGCCGUCGACCCUCACCUUCCUUCAAAUUCUGGUUCGCCUAUUUCUGUUGCGCAAUCUCUUCCAUAGUGACAACAGCACUGGCGAUGGUGGGCUGUUGGGGGGUCUGCUUGGAGGGUCGGGUUUAGGCUCCGGCUCGGGAUCGGAUACAGGCUCGGGCUCAGGUUCGGGCUCGGAAUCAGGUUCGGCUGCAGGAUCAGGUUCGGGCGCAGGCUCAAACACGACGAGCAACCCGCUCGACAACACUACAACUAUCGCACCGCCAGUUAGUGUCACAACCAACAAUUCGACUCCUACCCAGACGCCGAACGUUACGACGGCACCUGCCCCAGGUGAGUGAGCCGCAGCUGAACCUUCCUGGAAGAUUUGAAGAUUUGAAUUUUAGCGGAGGCACGGGACUGACCGAGAAUUGCACCCGGAUCCAGCUGUCCCGACACCUUCCAACACGACCAAGGCGCCUGCUGCGCCUGCUGCGACGACGACGACGACGGCGAACCACACCAAAGCCAGCUCGACACCGUCGUCGGUCCCGACGUCCUCAUCCGCCCCUCCGACUUCGACGGUGACCAACACGUCCCAGACGAGCACCUCGUCUUCACCUACUCCGACGGCGACGACGGCGAAUGACACGGCCAACAAGUCAUCGUCCUCUGGUCUGUCCAAGACGGCCUUGAUCAUCAUCAUCGCCGUUGCCUCCUCGGUUGGCUUCAUCGGCCUCGUGUGGACCAUCAUCCGCAAGACCGCGUUCGGCACCUCAAAGCGCUUCGAUGCCAAGCUCGAACCGAUCGAGUGGACCGAGCCGGUCGAGCAACACCAUCGCGACGAGACGUACCCUUACGGGUCGCUCGGUGCGAGCGGUCGCAAUGGAAGUCUGCGCGGUACAACCGCCGGCGCGUCGGGGGCCAGUUUGGGCCGAAGCGACAGUGGCAAAGGGAGUGAUCGCGGUGGAGCUAUGGCCGAGGCGUACCCCCAGAGCAUCCCUUACAACGGUCCAGCUUACGUCGCCGCUCCUUACUAUGGGAAUGCGCCGGCGAACCAGUAUGGUGCUCGGCGUGAGUAGCUUGGCUUGACGAAGAACGCUCACCUGACUGCCAACCAGCGCUGAUUCUUUUGCCGAAUUUAUCUCUCGAUUGCGAUCUCACAGCUGGCUAUCCUCAUGAGCAGGCGAGCUUUGGCUACGCUGACUUGCAGCGAGGUGGAUCGGUCGCGACUUCGGUGGGGUCCGGUGCUGCCCGAGCAGCCACUCCAGGGGGUUACGACUACGCCGCCCAGGCGAGGGCGAUGCACCAACCCACUCACUACUGA